AUGGGGAAUAUACCGUCAAGUUUACUAGAUGACUUGUCUGAAGGUACAAACUUUGGAUCUGAAGAAAUCGAUCGUCUUGCCAAAAGAUUCAUGAAGUUGGAUACAGACAAUUCCGGUGCAAUCGAUAAGGAGGAGUUUCUAGCUAUUCCAGGAAUAAGGCAGAACCCAUUGGCUAAAAGAGUGAUUGACAUAUUUGAUGAGAAUAAGGGGGGAGAUAUAGACUUCAAGGAGUUUGUUACAGGAUUGUCAGUUUUUUCCUCUGCGGGAUCUGUUGAUGACAAGCUCAGGUUUCUUUUCAAAAUCUAUGACAUUGACAACGAUGGGUUUAUUUCAAAUGGUGAAUUAUUCAUAGUUUUACGUUUGAUGGUGGCAGAUUCCUUGAAUGAUGUCCAACUUCAACAACUAGUUGAUCGAACAAUCAUGGAUGGAGAUUCGGAUGGAGACGGUAGACUUUCUUUUGCAGAGUUCAAAAAAAUCAUUGAAAGUACCUCCGAUAUUACGACCAAGCUAAGCCUGGGUGAUAAAAUUUAA